UGAAAUGGGAUCCGAUGGAUCAAGACACUGAAACCAAUGCUAGAACAGGACUCUUCAGUUUUUACAAGUCGUCGUAUAAAGUUGAGUGUAAGACACCUCAUUGUUUGUUAGUCACUUGUCGUGGUUCCUUGCCUCACGUGACCAACGAUUUAUUGUCCGAGCUUCCUUCUUUAUGUUUAGAGUUGGAUACUUGCGACUUUCUAUAUUUCAACUCCAACAGCAAACUCAAAGGUUCUCAAGUAUUGAAAGAGUUUGGUUCGGGUAUUCAAGAAUACUGUCAACUACAACCUCAUCCUUUGUACUUGUCCUUUAUCUCUCAACAAGAGCUAGAAAAAGUAACUUAUUCCGCCAAAAGACAACAGUUGAAGUGUUAUCAACGAGGGAGUUGUAUUACUUUUUCAGAAAGCGAAUACUUGGAUUUGGUACACACCGCCGAUUGUCAUAUGGCGGAAUGUCCUUGCGUGACAAGUUAUGACGACUGCAGCUCGGAUUCCAGUCGUACGAUACGUGAUUAUAGCGAACAAUCGACUGUAUUACAAAGCAAUUUUAUCAAACAAUGGAGGUUCGUAUCAUCAUUCCAUUUUCAUGAUAGGAAUAAUGUGCACGAUUCUAGUCAUCAUUCAUCCUUUGAUCAUUCCAUAGCCAUUGGAGUUGUUCAAGGUGGAAUGGAUAUAGAACAAAGAAAGCAACAUGCAAAAACGAUAUCGCAACUAACAGGAAUUGGAGGAUUCUACAUUGACGCCUUACAAUCUCGCAUCAAACUAGUGGAACAACAAAGACUGGCCCAUAUUUCUAUUUCUCAAUUGCCAACUUCAUCACCUCGUGUAAUGAACGGCUCCACUUCAUUGGAACAAGUAAUAGGGUUGGUAGCUUGUGGAAUCGAUUGCUUUAUCUCUUCCUAUCCUUAUACGUUAUCGAUUCAUGGUUAUGCUUUGGAUUUGCCUCACAAGAACAACUUGUGGAAUAUACAAUACCGAAAGGAUAAGAAUCCCUUAUCCUUGCAUUGUUCUUGUCCAGUUUGUAGACAAUAUUCUCGAGCUUAUUUGAACCAUCUCCUGAAUGUUCAUGAAAUGUUGGCAAUGACCUUAUUGAUGGUACACAAUACUACCCAAUAUAUGGAGUUUUUUCAUCAACUACAACGAGCUAUAGAAACAAAGACAUUCUUAUCCUUUCAAAAACAAUUCUUGGCCAACAGAAGAGUCAACUAUUCAUAAUCAUGAGACAUAGCCGAGAUUUUAUACAGUUGCGAAUAGCCUACAAUAGAAUGAUAAUCAGUUGGGAAAGUAGCUGUUCACAUAGUUGCGAUGACUGAACAGAUGGAACCAAAAUACUAUCAACAUACUGCAACAAGCUCCUACACCAUUCAUAACGGCGUCGAGUAGAGAUAACUGUCUACCAAAGUGACUUUGAAGCACUUCAACCAAUAAACCUAUCCAUAGAAUA